AACCUCUCGCGCUCGCCAUCACCAUCAAAACAAAAACAAUGUGCAACGAUCUGUCCGAUAGAAAAGUUAUGUUUCUCACGUUUCGCUAGAAAACUAAUUCAUAUUUAUUGUAAAAUCGUCCAGCAAUUAUCAAAAAGACAUGAAAAAGCUCAAUCCAAAAAAACCGAAAUCUUCGAAACCGGUCCCGUCCAAGUUUGAACAGGAGAUGGAUUACGAUUCGAUGAUCGAAAACGGAACGGAUGAGGACUCAAAUGAUGACCAGGAUUACGAUCGGCAGGACAGUGACAGUGGCCAAGAGAGUGGGGGACGAUUCGUAAGGGCUUUGGGUGCGUCGGAUUCUAAGCGGGAAGCGAAACAGAGCACGAAAGGUGUGAAACGUAAAGCCAACGAAGAUCAGGAUGAGGAACAUCUCCGGAAGAUUAAAGCCAUGAAGCAGCUGUACAAAGCUCCUACCAUGGAUGAAAUCAACCGCUUGAAGGAAACGGAAAACUUCUAUCACUCGAAUCUGUUCCGGCUGCAGGUGGAAGAGAUGCUCGCCGAGGUGAAGGUUAAAGUGAAGGUGGUCAAUUUCGUCGAGCAGUGGUUGGCGGAUUUCCGGAAGUUUCUCCGGACGGUCAAAGAUUCAGACGGGGAGCGAUCGCUAAAAGACGUCCACUAUGAAGGGAUUGACUAUCCGCUAGAAAUGCCCAAAAAUUCGGACGUUCUCGAUAAGGAAUCCUUCAAAUAUGUUCAGCAGAGGAUUGUCCACCAGAUUGGCUCAACACGGCUGGGAACCGGUUAUGGGAAGCCCCUGAAGGUGGACUUAUUGAUGGAAAUACCGGACAAAUGCCUCCACAAAGAGGACUACCUCAACAUGAGGUAUCACUUCAAGAGGGCGCAUUUUCUGUGCCAUUUGGCGGAAUCGCUGGGCAAACAGACGAAGUAUCCAUUGGCCGCUGGGAUGCGAUUCGUGCCCUUGAAGGGAGAUGCGAGGAAGCCGGUACUGGAGCUGGUGCCGAGCGACGAAAAGAUGGCCAAACGAGUGGUGUUUGUGGUGCAUGCCGUGCCAAUGGGAAAGUUCUCGCCGAACAGAUUUCUUCCAGAUAAGAACAACGUUCGACCUGCCUUGAUUGGCAUGGAGGCCACUUCUGAGCUGGUUCCAACACCGCAUUACAACUCUUCUAUCCUGUACGACUUGAGACUGCUGAAGAACCAGGAAAUUCUCGACAGUAUACUCCAAUCGGAUCAGGUCCGUCAAGCUAUCAUCCUUCUAAAAGUAUGGAUCCGUCAGCGUCGUUUCGAUGCCGGAUACUACGGCUUCGACGGUUCUUUGGCAACGUUUUACGUAUCAUACUUGCUACAAACUCGCAAGGUAUACAGCAGUAUGAGUAGCUAUCAGAUUAUUCGGCUGUUCUGGAACCAGCUGGCCAACAGUCAUUGGGACACCGAAGGAAUCACCAUGGAGCCGAGUGCCAACUUGCAGUCGUACCGUGCCCAUCACGAAGUCGUAUUUCUAGACAGUUCAGGUCUUUUGAACAUCUGCGCAAAUCUUUCCGGAGAUUUGUAUCGACGAGUGAAACAAGAAGCCGCCACUGCUAUCCAUUUGCUGGAUAACCAUAAGCUCAACAGCUUUAUACCCCUGUUCCUGAGUAAAUAUCCUCCUUACACUCAGUAUGAUCACAUACUGAGCAUUGAGAAACCAGAAUUAAUCCAAUCCGUUGUGGACACUUUUGGUUCCGCUGAAGACAAACUGAACUACUUCGGCAAUACCCACGCUCAUUUCCGUAAGAUGAUCUACCAGCUGUUGCGAAGAGGACUGGGACCGCGGGCGUCCUUCAUCGUUCCGAUCGUGAUUCAGGACUCCACCGAUCUUCGAUUGACUUUAGGCAUACAGCUCAACCCACACGACGCUUUUACCGUGCUGGACAAAGGUCCGGAAGCGAUCGACAAAGCAGCGGCGGAAGAAUUUUGCGACUUUUGGCGUGGAAAAGCCGAACUGCGUCGCUUCAAAGAUGGUUCCAUAACGGAAUCGGUGGUCUGGGGUACGAGCUCGGAUCCGAUCGGAGAGAAGCGUCUGAUCUGCAGAAAGAUCACGCUCUAUCUGUUGAACGCACACUUCGAUAUCCCGGAAACGAAGAUAACCUAUUCAGCGCAGCAGUUUGAGGUUUCCGUCAAACCGGAUGGAGCCGAACUGCAUGAAACGGUCGAAGAGCGCUCGUUGGUCUGCAUCAGAGCGUUCGAUAACCUAAGUAAAAUUGUCAAAACCUUGGACGAUCUUCCACUGACGAUCAACACGUUGGCCGGUACGGAUGCCGUCUUCCGUUAUGCAGAUCCGGAUCCGCCAAGGCCAACGGCGAAGGGACUGCUUGUGAACGGACAGCUGAUGUUCCUCGCGUCGCAUGUUGUAAACGCAACGAUCCAGCUGGAGGCCAGCGGCAAGUGGCCGGAUCAACUGGAAGCGAUACGGAAGCUGAAAGCUGCCUUCUACCUGCGGAUCGCGGAGUGUAUGCGAACGUACGCGGGAAAGAGCGUAGAACUGGUUCCGCAGGCCUAUUACGACUACCUGGACGUUUUGUAUGAAAAGUUCCUCUUCCGCCUCCACAUCGUUCACCAGCGCGAGAUAACCAUCCAACGGGAGUACCUCUCGGAGAACAAGGUCACCAAACUGUACCGCGAUUCGGACAAAAGUGUCCAGCUGGAGAUGCAAGCCACCAUCCUGCCGAAGCUGACCGGUAUCCUACACGGUCUUCACCAGCAGUACUUCUCGUUCGGUUCGGUUGCUGCCAUGGCCAAACGGUGGCUCUACUCGCAGCUGAUCGAUCCAUUCCUGUGGCCGGACGAGUGCACGGAGCUGAUUGUGGCGUCACUCUACCUGAAGCAGGAUCCACCCCUUCAACCGCAAGCCGGCUUCCUGAGAUUCUUGGAACAUUUGGCCGGUACUGACUGGAGCAAGGAACUGGUGAUGUUGAACUUUAACGACGAGAUAUCGGACGAGAAGGUGGAAGAGCUGGAGAAGCAGUUCAUCGAUAAGCGGGACAGUUUUCCACCGUUGGCCAUCGUGACGUCUUGCGAUUCGGAGAAAUAUGGCUUGUUUGCCAGGCGAGCUCCUAGUCAAGAGGUUCUGAAUCGGGUGGUGUUUCUGGCGAAGAACGUGGUUGCAAUGAUUGAAAGCAACUUCAAUGCAAUUCGGAACAAAGUUCAUAUAUUCUACCAACCAUCCUACAAAGGGUACGACUUGAUCAUCCAUCUCGAUUCUACCAUCAUCCCAGCUACGGGUAUAACUAGUGUGGACAACUAUACCAGAGGUAAAAGGGAACUGCUGAUGGAAGGAGAAACGAAGGAUCCAGCGGCUGGUUUCAAUCCCGUGGAGUUCUACCUACAGGAGCUGAGAGAUGGAUAUAGGAAAUUUGCAGUGUUUUUCCACGAUCACUGCGGUGGUGAUCGGAUUGCCGUCCUCUGGAGACCGGAUGCCCUCGAAGAGAAACCUUUCACGACUAGUAACGUAAGUGGUCGUAUACUAACUAAAGCAGAAACCCUUAAAUUAAACAAGGAAGCUCUGAUACGGGACUUCGAAAUCAUCGGUAAAGGAUUAGUGCAAAAGAUUGAACGAAAGUCUAACAUCUAAUAAAAAAUGUUAUCAUCAAUCAGUUAACAAAAGGUA